AUGGCAGAUAUUCGGGAAGCAAUACUCCAGAUGGCGGCGCUCCUCCAGAAGCUAGCCCAGCCAACCCCACCACCUAGCAGCCCAGAGCAAACACUGGAAGCCUUGGCAACGCACAUCAGCGAGUUUUCCUUCGACCCGGAAAAUGGAAUCACUUUCGACAAGUGGUACAUCCGGUAUGCGGAUAUCUUCGAAUCGGACGCCAAGAACUUAGACGAUGCUGCCAAAGUUCGAUUGCUACUGAGGAAGUUGGACACACCAUCGCACACUCAGUACGUCAACUACUCUGUUGUGACCUCAAUCUUCAACAAGCACUACCAAUGUCUGCAGCUCGUCAAGUCAGACGCAGAGGACAUCAUUAGCUACGGAGGGAAGGUCAACCGUGCCUGUGAAGAUUUUGACUUCAAAAAUGUCAAGAUUGACCAAUUCAAGUGUCUGGUUUUCAUUUGCGGUCUCAAAUCGCAUUGCUACGCCGACAUCCGAACCAGAUUACUUGCCCGAAUCGAGAACGAAACCCCAGAAGCUCCCUUUAAUCUCCAAACUUUGAUUGACGAAUAUCAAUGGCUCGUUAAGCUCAAAGCGGACACCACCAUGAUCGAGCGCCAGUCAAGAUCGAGACCAUCAGUGCACGCUGUACAUGAGAAGAAGGAACAACAUUUUCACCAGCAGCAGCCAUCUUCAAAGACGGAAAAUAAAUUGCCACGCACUCCUUGUUGGCAAUGCGGUCAGAUACAUUAUGAAGGAUCAUGUGGCUGUCUCUCGAAAUCCAAACCUACCAGCAGGGGAAAGAAACCACCGGAAUCUCCAAAGGUAAAAUCUAAUGUUGUGUACAUCGUGAACCACAUCAAUCGGCGCCCCAACAAGCGGAAGUUUGUUCCAGCAAAUAUCAACGGCGUCGUAACCAAUCUUCAACUGGACACAGCAAGUGACAUCACGGUAAUCUCCAAGCAAACAUGGAAAACCUUGGGUAAGCCUACUCUCAAGGAACCAUCAAUUCAAGCCGUCAACGCGUCAGGAAAACCACUUCAGCUGAUCGGAGAAUUCCAGUGCAAGACGAGCGUCAACAACAAAACCUGCCAUGCCAGAUGCUACGUCACAGUUUCCCCGAAUCUUAAUCUAUUUGGCAUCGACUGGAUUGAAAAAUUCGGACUUUGGUCAGUUCCCAUCGAUCCGGUUUGCAAACAAGUCAAAGCGAAGCCGGUCCACAAGCUGACUCAACCAAGGAAAAGGCGAAAAAACGACGAUCCUAACAACAAGAAGUACGGUGCAGUCCACAAAAGAUUUCAGCAAGGCGACUUGGUUUACGCCAAGGUCCAUCAAGCGAACUUCUGGAAGUGGGAACCAGCAACCGUAAUUGAGAAAGUAGGGAAGGUCAACUACAACGUGUUCCUGCAAAAGCGACAUCGUCUGAUCCGUUCCCACAUCAACCAAUUCAAGACAUGA